AUGAUAGAGCGUUGGGUUCUGGACAGUAUUAUCAAUCGAUUGGUUGAAGUGAGAAGAAAGCCAGGGAAGCAGGUCCAGCUCUCUGAGAAUGAAAUUGUGCAGCUCUGUGUCACUUCACGACAGAUUCUGUUGGACCAGCCCGUUCUCCUCGAGCUUGAAGCUCCCAUCAACAUCUGCGGAGACAUUCAUGGACAAUACAGCGACCUCCUGCGCCUAUUCGAGAGCGGAGGCUUCCCUCCACGCGCCAAUUACCUCUUCCUGGGAGACUACGUGGACAGAGGCAAGCAAAGCCUCGAAACCAUCUGCCUCCUCUUAGCUUACAAGAUCAAGUACCCAGAAAACUUCUUUCUCUUGAGAGGCAACCACGAGUGCGCCUCCGUGAACCGGAUCUACGGCUUCUACGACGAAUGCAAACGCCGCUACAACGUCAGGCUGUGGAAGGUCUUCACAGACUGCUUCAACUGCCUCCCCGUGGCGGCUCUGGUCGACGACAAGAUCCUCUGCAUGCACGGCGGGCUUUCCCCCGACCUCCACAGCUUGGACCAGAUCAGGAACCUGGCUCGACCCACUGCGAUACCCGAGAGUGGGUUGUUGUGCGAUCUGGUCUGGUCCGAUCCGUCGAGGGAGGUUCGAGGGUGGGGAGCCAAUGAGAGAGGGGUUUCGUAUACGUUUGGGGCGGAUCGGGUUGCUGAGUUCCUGCGGAAGCACGAUCUCGAUCUAAUCUGCAGGGCGCAUCAGGUUAUGGAAGAUGGAUACGAGUUCUUUGCCAAUAAGCAACUGGUGACUAUAUUCUCGGCACCUAAUUACUGUGGGGAGUUCGACAAUGCUGGUGCAAUGAUGAGCGUGGAUGAGAACUUGCUGUGCUCAUUUCAGAUACUUGGGCCUAUGGAGAAGAAACCCAGGUUUGGGUUUCCGGGUAUCGGUUCAGCUAAGCCAACUCCAAGUCCUGCUAAAAUCAAGUCAUUUCUGAGGGUAUAG